CACAUUUUGAAUGCACUGGCUUCCAUCUAAUACACAGAAAUUUCAAAAAUGUCUGGAAAAACCUGUCCCUGGUCUCCCCCUGUAUGUAAUGAGCUGCAGUACCGUCAGCGGCCACACGUUGGGAAUCGCUGGUGUAUAUUGUGUUAUUUAACUGGUUUUGAUUUAGGUUAGGGAUCAGGUUCUGGUUACACUGUCGUGCGUGUGUGUGUGUGUGUGUGCGCGUGUGUGUUUUAGUCCUCAUGGAGUCCUCAUGAGACCUGGUCCCAGUGUGUGUUUUCUGUCAAACACUGGCCUUGUCAGGACCCGUAGUCCUCAUGGAGACUAAAACCUGGUCCCAAUGAGACAGAAACUCAUUUCUAAAGGGAACUGGUGGUUAUGUUUAGGUCCAAGAUUCGUUAGUUAGUGUUAGGCAUUAACUGGUUAUGGUUAAGGUAAGGGAUAGUGGUGAGUUUAGGCCGUGUGUGUGUGUGUGUGUGUGACGUCACACAGAGAAAACGAAACUGAUGAAUCGGAGUUUCCUGAGAACAGAUGAACAGACUUAAGUGAAGCUCCAGUUAUUAUUUAGACUUUAGUCUCGCGGCGGACGUCAUCUGUGCGAACCUCCUCCUCAUCAUCUUCAUCACAGGAAUGGCUCAUUCUAAACCGCUGCUCAUCCCGUGGCUGCGAGCGCAGAUCGACAGUGGUGAGUAUCCCGGUGUCCAGUGGACGAACCCGGAGCACAGCGAGUUCUGCGUCCCGUGGAAGCAUGCGUUACGACAGGACUCGUCCAGCACGGACAUUCUCAUCUUUAAGGCCUGGGCCGAGGUGAGCGGUAACGGCCGUGCUCAGGGAGAACCCUCCGUCUGGAAGAGGAACUUCCGCAGCGCCCUGCGAGCCAAAGGCUUUAAAUUGAUGGAGGACAACAAGAACGAAACUGCAAACCCACAUAAGGUGUUUUGCUGGCCGGAGAAGUCCGCUUCAGGAGCUAACUCUGCAGCAGCAUCUCAGGUGAGAGAGGAGCCAGCCUUGACUGAGGAUUGUGGUUUUCCUAUACAAGAAAGCCAGCUUCUCGCAUGCUUCGACGAAGAUCUCUACCAUGCUGACGGUCCUUUAUUUGUAGAAUCCAGUGAAAGGCAGGAUAUUCUCCAGCAGUGCCUGCAGGGACUGAACAUUGGCCAUGAAACAGAAGACACCACGGGCUUUGAGCCUGUUCCUGAGCAACAGCAGCUGCAGAGUCACGCCGUGAUUGGUGGACACGCGUUGCUGGGGCAACAGCAGUAUCCAGUCACAGUGGCGGGUGCAGUCGGUGGAAGUGGGUUGCCUGAGCAACCAGCUUGUCCAGUGGAAGGAGCUGUGGGAGGGGCCUGUGGCGGGCAGCUGGCGGAGCAGUUCCUACAUACCAUGAGCCAGACCAAGGAUGGAGAUCAUUUCAAGACCCAGUUCAGGAUCACAGUUUACUACAGAGGACAGACGGUGAUGGAGCAGGUGGUCGAGAAUGAAGCUGGUUUCCGACUGGUCUACAGCCCUGGUGUCAAGGGAACAGCUCUGGACGGCGAAUCAGGCCUGACCUUGGUCUUUCUGCCAAGUACUGGAAUCAUGUUGGACCAGACUCAAACUAAACUGACCCAACGCAUCCUGGACAACCUGGGCGAUGGGUUGGAUGUCGGCGUGUCGGGGCACGUGGUCUAUGGCCAGCGAAGUGGUGAAGUCAAAGCCUUCUGGAGCUUCUCCAAGUUUGAACAAAGCAGACGACCUCAAGAGAUUCCCAAACUGCAGCCGCAGUCUCUCUACAUGUUCAAGGACUUUAUAGGAGGAAUGUUGGCUUUCAUUAACGGGGGCGAGUGCCCUCCCUGCUCCCUGUUCCUCUGCCUCGGGGAGAAGUGGCCUGAUCCAGACAACAGGCCUUGGGAGAAGAAACUCAUCACAGUGGAGGUGGUGUUGACUUCGAUGGAGUUGCUGAAGACUCUCGCCGUGGGAAACGGCGCCACCUCCCUGCAGUCUGUGGAGCUGCAGAUGUCACUGGAGGAGAUGAUGGAGACGUGUUGACGUAUGUAAAUGAUGAGGUUCUCAAAUGUCUUGUUUUGUCCACAAACCAAAAUGAUUCCGUUUUAAUGAUUUCUUUGUUAUCCAGAGCAAAGAAAUUAAAAAAAUAUUCACAUUUAAGAAGCUUAAACAAUCAGAAAUCUUUUAUCGUUUUAAUUAUGAAAAAGGUUCUCUGGGUUCUCCGGCUUCCUCCCACAGUCCAAAAAUAUGCCAUAUGGGGAUUAGGUAAAUUGGACACUAUAUUGGUGUGCAACUGCACACCAAUAUAGACUGCGUCUAUAUGUGGCCCUGCGAUGGACUGACAAACUGUCCAGGGUGUCCCCCGUCGGUAGAAGAUGGAUGGAUAUUCUCUGCUGUAUCUAUAUCUGUAGAGAAAAUCUCCCGUUUUAGCUGACUGGGACAUGGGAGGUGCUGGUCGUCCAGUGCCAUGUUUGCCCAUUUUUGUGUUACCGAGUUUAAUCCGAAAUGACACAUUUCAAACAGGAAAGUCACAGAAUAACACACUUUACUCAACAUGGAUCAACAACAACCCUUAGAUCUGUGCCUCUGGUGCACCCUUUGUAAAUUGCUGUGGGAAUAGUACAAUAGUAACUCCUUAUAUGGACAUCCUGGGGGAUGUAUGUGUUUAUAGGUCACAUCUUAUGUGUCAUCGAGUCAAAGUUAUGAUUUUAUAUCACAAUUUUAGCAGUAAUAUAGAGAAGCAAUAAUUGUGCGGAAGUCAGAAAAUUAGACAGUUUUUCUUUUGUUUUUGUUCAUAAAAACUUUGAACUGUGACGUAUUUCCAAAUUUCCCAAAUUCAAUCCGAUUUUAUGUUCUUGCUCACGUGUGUUUUAAUAGUGGGUGAAAAUAUAUAUAUUUUUAAGAUUGUCUUGUUUGUGCUGGAAAAAAAGGAUAUAAGACACUCUAUAUUGCACAUUCUUAUGACCUUUGUAUAUAUUGUACUGUAUGUUUAAACAGUAAUGGUAAAAAGCAGCUGAAAUGCUCUGUGUUCUAAGGGUUAAAUCACUGAUUUUCUCUAUGGACUUUGGUACAGGGAGAGUGAGUGGUUUACAAAAGGACACAAAUGUCAUCUUCCAGUCAGAGAAAGUUGUGUAAUGGUGAAAUAAAGUGAGCCUGUGUCAAUACUGUAUGCAACAAUAAAUUAAUAAAUAAAUAACAGAAUUUGCAAACUUUUCAUGGACUUUGCAAUAGUUUAAAUGUGUGAAUAUCAAUGAGCAAAUACAGUAGAGUCUGGUUUAAUUAGU